AUCAUGCGAACCGCUUUGACAGCUGUUAGUAGAAAGAAAUUAAAAAACCAUAACAAAAGUGAAAAUCAAAAAAUCUAUCGCGAAUUUCUCGCAUCAAAAUAUUAAUAAAAACUUAAAAAAUGAAUCGGCUUUUACAGAGAUCAACAAGAACCUUACUCUAUUCAUUUGUGCACCAAAAUGUGCAGUUAUCAGCUUGUGUGCGUACUAAAAAGACAGGUGCCACAAGCGCACCGUCGUCUACAACACCUGCCAGUGGUGCAGGAAUUACGCAGCAACAAAGUACAAAUCCUUUAUCCAAAAUAACACUUGUACAGCCCAAUCAAACUAUGACGGUGACAACAUUUAAGGAGGCGCAAAAAUUGGCCAAACGUCGUGAGCUGCAUUUGGUUAAGCAACAGGAUUUCGAUACAAAGACGCAACGCGCUGUUUACAAACUAGUUACGGCUGCCGAAAUGCUCUCUGAGGACCUGGACGAAAGCGCAGUAGAUAAGAAGAGCAGCACCGAGAAAAAAUCUGAAAAAUCGCUCACACUUGGUUCGCGCAUAACCGAACAUGAUUUGGGGUCACGCUUGAAACACAUAUCUAAAUGGUUGGCGAAAAAUCACGAAGUUUGCGUACUCAUACAAGGUAGCCCUAAUGAUAUUGGUAAAUGCGAACGUAUACUAAAAACUAUUGAACAAAGCGUUGCGGAACCCGAAAUUAUCGGACGCAUUGUGCAGAAACGCAUCAAGGGUUCACAUAUCAAAUUUAAUAUUUUACCCGUACCGAAGCAAACAGGUGAAACAGUGACGCAAUCAUGACAAGUAAUGCCCGUGCUUCGGAGCCAAACAUUGACCGGUGCACGGUACUACUCCACGCAGCUACUUACGCAGCGUGCAGCGCAAACAACGCUAGACGUUACUAAUACUAAAAGUCUUAGUUCCUCGUUUAGUGAUGAAAACAAAAAGCCAGUUAUUGUGUUCGGCAUUUUCACGGUUAUGCUACUAGUUUCAAAAUAUUUAUAUUGGUUCAAACUGAAGAAGGCCAGAGAAGCGGAGAGAUAGCUCGAUGCUCGCAUAAUUUUAUAUAGAAAAGAUUAUUAUGUUUAACCUCAAAAUUUUAAAUUGAAUUAAGUUCAAGUCAAGUAAAAGUAAUAUAGGCAUAUGCAUAUGCUAUAUAA